AUGGAUAAUUUGAAGAAGUUUGGGGCGACGGUGAAGGGCGGCGUCGAGAAGGUCGGCGGCGAGGUGAAGCACGGGUUCAUCGACGCCCGGGACCAGGCGCAAUUGGUCACCGACCACAUCCUCCACCCGCACGACUCCGAGUUUGAAGACGACGAGAAGUUGGUCCAGCGCUACCAGCGGGUGUUGAAGCAGUAUGUGGCGGGGCUCAAAUACUCAAAGCGCUUGCUCAAAAACUUGCUGGCCCGCUACUGGCCCCAGUUGUUCAAGGUCAACUUACGGGUGGCGCGCGGGUUCCACAACUUGGUCGCCGAUAUUCAAUUUAAGGGCAUUGAUGAGUACUACGCCAUGUGGGACGAGCAGCAGGCGUACGAGGUGGUGCCGCAGCUUGACCCCCACCAGAAUUUCGACGUUAUUGCCGCGGUGAACGACGAACACCACGCCUACGAGACCACCAUCGAAAAGUUGGCGAUGCUUGUCGACGACGAGUGGAGCACCGCUUACUCGGCGUUGCUGGGGCGUAUUGACGAGGUGAUUGGCACCUACGUCAAGCGCGCGAGGCAAUUGGCCAAAGUGUGGCACCGUAAGCGGCUCCAGUACGAUAAGGUGAGACGGCGCAUCGAUAAGCUCGGUAAGCAACAAGGGGACCUUGACGAUAAGCAGAAGCUUCAACUACUGGAACUCACGCUGCGUAUGGAACAGGCGCUCGCCGAGUUUACCGCUGUGAAUCAACGGUUUAAGCUUACCAUGCCUCAAUUGGUGGAAUUGCUUGACGAUUUCACCGACGAAAUCACUAAGCGGAUCAUCUACCAGCACGUGUGGCUGAUCACUCAGGUCCGCGACGAAUUGGCGGUGUUUGCCGUCCACUACGGCCUUGGUAAUGACGACGCUCUGGUGCCUCUGUAUGAACAGAUUAUUGACGACUGGCACCGCCAGUUCACUGUGGCCAAAGACGAGAUUGAGACCAUCGUUAAUCCUACCGACGAUGUCCUGGACAAAGCGCUGGACCCUAAGGCCGUGCACUGGCUUAAUAAUGUCACCAAACUGUUAAAGCGGCCAUGGACGUUCCACCCUGCCGACGGCAUAUUCAACGACGAAUUGGAGGCAGACCCCUUGGAACUGUUCGUCGAGUAUAACGACGCCACCACCAACCGGCUGCUGACGUAUUUCCCUUCGAAAGUCGUCGAUCGCCCUCACCAGGGAAGUAUUGUCGAUGUCGAGCUUUCACCGCUGCCGCUGCCUACAUCCGACGUUCCUCCACCUCUCCCACCACGCACUAACCGGCCGCUCCCGCCAGUGCCGCCGGCGCUUCCUCCCAGACCGCUGACGCAGACGGUGCCUUCGUUGGCGGCGAAAGACGCUACUCCCUUGCCCAAACCGCCAGCGCCUCGCCGUACCGACCUGGCGCUGUCGCUCGAGUCGGUGGCGCUGCUGGCCGACGACAACGCCCUGGAGGUGCUGCUGGUGGCGCUGUCGCUUGCCCUGGACGACGUGGUGAAGACGCUGGGAGCGGACCAAAUUAACCGCCGGUUAGCCGAUGUCUACAACACCCACAAGAACGAGAUCACCCAGUGUCCCAUCCCCGAAUACUCGACGGCACUGGCGAUCCAGUACCGCCCAGUUGCUGACGUUAACGGAGCGUUUAAGCUUACCCGUCUCCAGCUUUUAUUUGAACAAUACGCUGAAGUGGAAGGUCAGCCGAGAACGGCGCUCCACACGUUUAAAGGUACUCACCCCGGUGACCUCUCGUUUGCUCAAGGGGAUGUGCUUGACGUGGUAUUGGACUUACAGCUGGUGGCGUCUACGUAUCUGACUCAAGGGAACUGGUUGCUUGCCCGCAAAAACGGCCGCAUGGGGUUCAUCCCCUCCACUUAUAUAGAUUAA